UUGAUGUCCCGGCGGCCGUAGUCCGUCCUGGACGGUCCCCGGCGCUCGGAGCGGCUGAACUGCCCGGGCUGCCCCCACUCCGCCGGCCCCGACCCCGACUGCGGGUACCCGCAGCGCCCGAGCCCCUGGGGCGAGCGUGUAGAGGCAGCAGGCGGCUCCAGCCCAUGAGGGCCUGAUGGAAAACACAAAGGAAGUGGUAAGUUGGUACACUCUGGGCACGUGGGAUCAUUUGCUGAACCUGGCUCUGAGCACGUGGAAUGAAUUCAGAGUCUCCCCUCUUGUGUGAAACCCCCUGGGGAAGAGGCUAUGGACAAAACCAUUGGCAAACAUCAGAAACUGGCUUCAGACAAAAUGCUGUCAUACAUAGCAAAUGAAGAGACAGGAAAAAACAUUUCUGUAAUUUUCCAGCAGAGAUUUUACUUAUAAUAAGAGUGGAAGGCACAUUUCCAGAUAGAGGAAGGGUUGUCGAAGCUUCCUCAAGUUCAUUUAUUUCUACAAAUGCUGUGCUUCAACAUGGGUUAAAAAGAACCUCUGUGGUAUCUAUUAUCAAAAUAGAAGUGCUUUUGAGUACAUUCGAGAACAUUUUGAAUAGUUUCCCCUACUGCAAUCCAGAUAGAACGUAGUUCCCGAGUGGAAAGGAAACGCCGAGACUCGUUCGGGAUGUUUGACGGUUAUGAUAGUUGUAGUGAGGACACCAGCAGCAGCUCCAGCUCAGAUGAAAGUGAGGAGGAGGUUGCUCCUUUGCCAUCCAGUCUCCCAAUUAUCAAGAACAAUGGGCAAAUCUAUACUUAUCCAGAUGGCAAAUCUGGCAUGGGUAGGAAGUAUUCAAUAUUUAGAGGAAAUCAAGAUUGGCAGGCCCAGAUUCAAAGCAGUUGCUUCCUUGAGAACGCUACAUGUGAGAUGUGUGGGAUGGUUGGUGUCCGGGACGCUUUUUACUCUAAAACCAAGCGCUUCUGCAGUGUGUCAUGCUCCAGAAGCUACUCCUCCAACUCCAAGAAGGCCAGCAUUCUGGCCAGGCUUCAGGUAGCGGGUAAGCCUCCAACAAAGAAGGCUAAAGUUCUACAAAAACAGCCCUUAGUGGCUAAAUUAGCAGCUUAUGCCCAGUACCAAGCAACUUUACAAAACCAGGCAAAGACAAAAGCAGCAGCUGUUCCUGUGGAAGGUUUCAGCUGGGGUAGCUACAUCAAUAGUAAUAGCUUUACAGCAGCUCCUGUUACCUGCUUUAAACACGCACCCAUGGGGACUUGCUGGGGUGAUAUUGCAGAAGGAGUGCGAGUGGAGGUUCCAAACACAGACUGCAGCCUACCUACCAAAGUCUUCUGGAUAGCUGGAAUUGUAAAAUUAGCAGGCUACAAUGCUCUGCUGAGAUAUGAAGGCUUUGAAAAUGAUUCAAGUCUUGACUUCUGGUGUAACAUUUGUGGGUCUGACAUCCACCCAGUUGGUUGGUGUGCAACCAGUGGGAAGCCCUUAGUUCCUCCUCAAACCGUCCAACACAAAUACACAAACUGGAAAGCUUUUCUUGUGAAACGACUUACUGGUGCCAAAACACUUCCUCCUGACUUUUCUCAGAAGGUAUCUGAGAGUAUGCAGUACCCAUUCAAAACUUCCAUGAGGGUAGAAGUAGUGGACAAGACACACCUCUGCCGGACAAGGGUGGCGGUGGUAGAAAGUGUCAUUGGGGGCCGCCUGAGGUUAGUGUAUGAAGAGAGUGAGGACAAAACUGAUGACUUCUGGUGCCAUAUGUACAGCCCACUCAUUCAUCAUAUUGGCUGGUCUCGAAGUAUAGGACACAGGUUCAAAAGAUCUGAUAUUGCAAAGAAACAGGAUGGACAUUUUGAUGCACCCCCACACUUAUUUAUGAAGGUAAAAGAGGUCGAUGCAGCUGGAGAGUGGUUUAAAGAAGGCAUGAAAUUGGAAGCUAUUGACCCCCUAAACCUUUCAGCAAUAUGUGUGGCAACGGUCAGAAAGGUAUUAGCAGACGGCUAUCUUAUGAUUGGGAUUGAUGGCUCAGAAGCAGCAGAUGGGUCUGAUUGGUUUUGUUACCAUGCCACUUCCCCUUCUAUUUUCCCUGUUGGUUUCUGUGAAAUUAACAUGAUUGAACUAACUCCACCCAGAGGUUAUGCAAAACUCCCUUUUAAAUGGUUUGACUACCUCAGGGAAACUGACUCAAUAGCAGCACCAGUAAAGCUCUUCAAUAAGGAAGUUCCAAACCAUGGGUUUCAUGUUGGCAUGAAACUGGAGGCUGUAGAUCUGAUGGAGCCUCGUCUGGUGUGUGUGGCCACAGUGACACGCAUUAUCCACCGGCUUCUAAGGAUACACUUCGAUGGGUGGGAAGAUGAAUAUGAUCAGUGGGUGGAUUGUGAGUCCCCAGACCUGUAUCCCGUGGGAUGGUGUCAGCUCACUGGAUACCAGCUCCAGCCUCCAGCACCACAGUCAUCAAGGGAUAGCCAGUCAAGUUCAUCCAAACAGAAGAAAAAAGCUAAAUCACAACAGUACAAAGGACAGAAGAAAAUGACUUCAUUACAGCUGAAGGAGGAAUUGCUGGAUGGAGAGGAGUACAGCUUCCUGCAGGGGACAUCUGACCAGGAAAGUAACGGCUCUGCCAGCUACUACAUCAAACAGGAACCCUGAGGCAGCUCCCAGGAGUGAGGGGCACAGCAUUGGUGAUAGGAAAAGAAUCUUUCUCCAAGACUGACUGAUUCUGUUCCCACUUGGAUGGUGCAGUUCAGAUGACUGUGCCUGGGGUGCUUUGCUAAAUAUAGAUGAAUUAGACUCAGUUCAGAAUUUUUUGGAAGGGUGGGGAAACUAUUUUAGUGAUAAAGAUUUUUCAAUUUAUUAAAAACAAAAACAAAGGACACUUUUGUGUUGUAUUUGAAGCUUUUGAAAGAAUUUUGUAAUAUUUUCAGGUUCAGAUUUAUUGUGCAUUGUUAACAAGAACUGAAAAUCUAAUUUUUUUGUAAGAUUAAAGUUUAUUUAGCAUGAUUGUGGGAAGCAGUUGGAGGAAGAUAUAGUUGCAAAUACAAAUGGAACUGUCAUAACAAAUGAACCUUUUUGGUACAAGUUGGGAGACUUUUAGACUCUUAUGAACUGCACUGGUCACGCCUCUGUUUUUUUAGUUGUGAAAAUAAGGUUUUAAAGCCCUGAUUUAGAGGCAUAAAUUAUAUGUGGAAGAUAGUCCUGUGAAGCUCUACUCAGUGAGUAGCCCCAAGUGCAACAGAGCCAUUGUCUGAGGAAGAUUUUAACUUUUCAAGGUGUUUUUAUUUAAAGUACCCUUUUUUAUAUAAGGAUUUGUUUUUUAAUGUUCCUUAGGGUCUGAUUCAGUGCCCAUUAAUAUCAGUAGCCUUGUCUCCGUCAAUUGCAGUGGGCAUUGUAUUGGAUCUACAAAGCUCUUGUCUGUGUAUGAAUGUCUGUGGUCUUGGAAUGCUUCAGCAAAUGUUUACAGAGCCCUAUGCCAAACUGGAACUUCAGAAAAUUCUCUCAUUGGAAGAUUAGUUGUAGCUCUGAAUUUUGACUGAAGAUGCAGCUUAGAUGGACAGUGACUAAGGAUUCCCUUGAUAUUGGGAUGGAACUUGUGAGUAUUCUUGUGGUUUUUUUGGUUUUUUUUUUUCCAUUCAGAAAGUCCUAAAUGUUUCCUUACCAUCUUAAAUAGCUAUCUGCGACCAUUCAGAGCUGAUGUGCCACAUGGUUUAAGGUGAGCUGAAAGGAGCCCUACAUUGUGGAUUAAAAAUUAGUACAGUCCUGCAUAGCCUGCAAUAUUCGUGUCUUGCUACAAUAGUGUAACAUAGGAGUUGAGACUUGAGAACAGUAUCAAAAUUACAUGGUUUUAGUCUAUAAUUCAUAAACUAAAUUUGCCUGUUGCCUGGAAUUCUUGUCUCAUGUCAAGCAUCCCCUUAGCCCUACCUGGGCAACUUAAAAGGCAAAAGUCCCAUAAAAGGGUGAAAAUUAUGACUACUUAAACACAAAAUAUUUUUGCAGGAGCUCUUAAUUAUUUGGGUUUUUAUCCUUCCAUAUUUUUAACCUUUGUGCAUUUUUGUAAAUGGAGUUGAUGAAUGAGAGGUGGUUGAUCAGCCCUGCAGAGCUGUGACUGGAAGAAUGUGCAUCAAGAGCUUUAGCUUUUACCAGUAAGGUUCAUUAACUAAACUCUCAGGAAUUAUCUCAUAAGUUCUGUAAGUGCUUCUGGGUCUUCACAGGUCCCCUUUGGAGCAGUACAAUGAUAUCUGACUCUUGACCAUAAGUUAGGGCUUAAAAAAAAGUUGAUCAAAAAUUAUUAACGUCUGUAUUCCUACAGCCUAAGAAUUACUUUAUCAACCCACAGAGCCCCAGGAGACCAUUUUUGUAUAUUGUUGUUUGAGCUUAAAAAAAGUGCAUAGAAAGUUGAAAACCAGCAAUUUGAAUAUUUUCUAAAAUAUUGCUCCAGCUUUGGGUACAUAGUAUUGGUGAUAUGCACAGGUUUACCUCAUUCUAUGCAAGCGGGGUUAAUUAUGUAAAGUUUUGUAUUUAGUAGUGGGAGUAAAACAUGUCCUGUACAGUGUAGGAAUGUCUGCAAUUCUUUUCUCCCUUACUGGUAAAAUUUCUUAAAAUGACCUGCUUUAACAACAGCUUCUUCUAUUGACAGAAUCUGUUAAUCUGAUUACAAGAAUCUAUAACUUCAGGUGGUAAAGACAUUUUACCUCUCUAAAAUAGCCAGUUAAAAGGACUUUGUUUGACCUGGUAGACUUCAAAUACCUUAUCUCAGAUUCUGACCCACCCAUGAUGUUUACUUUGAACAGCCUAGAUUGGAGAAGUAGGAUUAGAGAUCAUUGUAGUGACACUUCGAGCCUUGAUUGUUUUCCUGUGUUCUCGAUUUAAUCUGCUGUAAAAUCCAGCUCUGCAAGCAUUGAUUUCAUUUGGUAAGUAUAGCACUAUGUUUUUUAGGGGUUUUUUUUUUAAUGCAACAACUUGCAGGUUGUCCCAUCAGCUCAAAGAAGGUUCUCACAGUCUUGCUUUCUUCUCCCAACAGCUUCUGACUUCAGAAGAAAAAAUGUUGCAUUAAUUAGUGUGUCAUACUGUAGAAGGUUGGGCUAGUUAAAGAGUGAGGUGCAUUGCCAGGUCACUAAACUGAGUAUUGCCUUGUGUAUUGCCCAGGGUCAUCCCUGAUUUCAGAGUUGGUCUGCAAAUAUCGAGAGGGAACAUUAGUCCUUUACACACCUCUGUGUUGGGAGAAAUAUAAGAAUCUGUUCUAAUGUCAGUAUUUCUAAUAUUCUGUUAUUCAUCAAACACUAAAGUCUGUGAGGUGGUGUACGUUCUCCGGUACCCGUGUGACUUCAGCAGUUGGUGAAAUGUCUUUUGUGUCUUUGAGUUCAUAAUAUUCCUCCGUUGUGUAAUUGUCAAGUACAGUGACGUCUGUGCUAAGCAAAUUGCAGAAGGUGCUGGAAGUCACUUGCUGAGAAGCUCAGGGAAAAUCUGAGCAAGGUGCUACCAGGGAUGCGAUCUCCAGAGCGCCUGUGGGGUGUCCAUGUGGCAUCUCCCUGGGUUUGCAGAGCAUUUCCAUGGCUCUGAAAUGUUUCUCUUGGCUUUUAUGCCGUGGUACCUGGCUGAGAGAGCAGCAAAUGUUGGACACCUAAAACCUUCAAUGGUGUCAGACUAAUUAUGGCAUUUGGCACAGCAGGUUUUUCUGAUCAUGAGGCAGCCCAACCCAUCCCUGACUUGGCUGCUGCCCCUUUUCUUAUUCCAGAUAUCUCUGCUGAUCUUUGAUUAUUACAUUAUUUUCAGUAGAACUCUCUAACCUGUUCCUUGCUGCAUCUGAGGAGAACUACAGCAGUUAUUGAUUCCUUGUUCUGUGGAUACUAACACGGGUUUCAGUAUUUGUUUUGGUUUAUUGUUUUCUGUGUUGUGAAUACCCUCCCUCUAUCUUUGUAUGAUGGUGCUAAUAUAUUUGGUAAUAAUCCUUUAUUGGGAAGGGAUUUUAAAAAACUGUGAUUUCAGCUGAAUUUUUCUUCCUUUUGAUUUUUUUCGUAUUUAAAAUGAAAAGCCACAAAAAAGGCAUCAGCUUUGGCCCCUGGGAAAAUGUUGGGGCGGGAACCAAGAUUAAAAAAUGGGUUUUUACAUAAUUUCUGUAUGUAUUUGAUAUAUAGAUCAAUAUCUGUACAAAUUUAAUCUUUUAUUUUCUUGGUAAUUUGUGUGGUGAGUGAGAGAGUAUUUAAAGCUUUCUCAUGCAAUGUACAUAACUCAGUGAAAAAAUGCUUUUGGAGAAAUUAAUGUUACUUUCAUUUUUAUGAGACUGCAGAUUUUCAGCAUGGAUGUGAAAAGCAUUAAAAUUAUAACUUUGUGUACAAGAUGAAAAUAAUUCACUAAAUUUGCCUUUUUUACACAAAAUAAAAAUGAUUAAAAGUC